UCCCUUUUUCUUAAAAUCAUCUGUGAACAAUUCUAUUUUUAUCUGUUAUUAGAAAUUGCAGCAAGUCAAUUGCAAUUCUUUAAUUGUCGCACUUUUGGAGUUACAUAACAAAUCCCAGCAAAAAUGGCUCUACCCGAUGGUCUUUCUAACAAAAUGAAGGUUUUCCAGGCCGUCAACGAAUUGCCCGUUUUUCUGAAAGGCGGACCAGUAGACAAGGCUUUGUUUGGCAUAACAGCUGGAUUGUGCGGCGUAGGCAUCCUAAGCUUUAUCCAUUUGGUCUACACAAUGGGUUUCGCCAAGAAGAAGGCGGCUUAAAUUAAGUGAUAAUAAUCAAAUGUGGCUUUGAUUGAAGACAAAUUAAACAAA